UAUUUGUGAGAACUUGUGUUCGGAGAUGUUUCUUCGUGUUUUGGCGUAGUCCUGUCAAACGCGGAACGAAAAUAGCGGAGCGGCGUAUCAGUAGAUAUUUGCAUGAAGUGUAAGAAGCAUCUGGAAGAGGACAGUGGCUUGUUCAAGGGGCAUGGACAUGGGGGGCAGAUGUGUACCGGGCCUCAAAUCAUGAACUGGAGAUGAGUGAGGGGGGGAGCCAGGGUCCAGAUUCCCUGGGCUCUGCCUAUCCAGGGACCGGAGGUGGUGGGGGUGGCGGUUACCAACAACAACCCCCGUCGCAGCCUCCGACCCCAUCCUCCACCGUCCAAGACACAGGAGGCUAUAAAGAUGAGUUCUCUGGAGGUGACGUAAAUGGGACAUCCAAGUCUUCUUCAUCUUCAGGCCUUCCACCUUUCAGCUCGUUUUCUGCAGCAGAUGUGACGGAAGGCCUGGGAUCCAGACUCGCAGGUGAUGCUUUUGCAGAAGGUUUCACUGGCCGCCUGCUGGACAUCUCCUCCUGGGACUACUAUGAAGGCCUCACAGGAAGACUGCUGGAUCGUGGAGAUGGGAUACCGAUGCUGGUACCACAGCCCCAGUACCGUCCCUGGGAGAGCAAAGCUCCGGAUGGUUUUCACCACGAUACUCUACUCAAGUCAAUUGCCCCGGCAGCCCCCAGUGCUAUACCGGCUUUCACAGAUUCCUUCUCUGCGUCUGCAGCAGCAAAUAAGCUUCCGUCUUUCCAGUCGCAGUUCAACGCUUUCCCACAAGAACAGACGGUGACGGGCAACAAUGGGGAAGUGCUGACUACCCUUACAGCUGCGUCACCUUCACCUUCCUCGUCGUCUUCCGGCCUUCCAAGUUUCCAUACGUUGUCUGCUGUGAAUCCCCGGCCAAAUUACCCACUCGUUCCUGCUCCGGUUCAAGCCAGAGAGAUUCCUGCAAUACAGCAGCAGUUUCUGGACGAACGGCAUAUCCAGCUGUUUGCUCACUCACAACCGUUUGGAUCGGCACAUUCUUUGAAUAAUCAGCCAACUGUCACAACCCUAAGCAAUGCUCAGUUUCACCACCAUCCUCACCAGAUCACCCUUGCCCCACCCAAUGCCACUACCUUGCUUCAGCAGGGCAACACCCUUGUGCCCCAAAAUGCGCCAACGGUUCUAACUGUAGUUAAAACAGAGCCAGUGACCUUGGUGACAUCAGAUUACAAGAUGCCUCCUCAGCAGCUCACCCAACUGCACCAUAGCAACUUUCAGAACCCAAUGGGCGUUCUGGACGUUAACAAAAUGGGAGCUGAUGGACUGAAAUUCAGUGACAGCCCUCCGCGGGGCACAGACUCAAGGAAGAAAGAGCGCCGGAAAGUGCGAGCAUCAUCACUGGAGAGCUCGACGGAGAGUGACGGAGCCGGAAGCAGCAGUGUAGAAAGCUCAGGACAGGUAGCCGCGGUGUCUAGCACUGCUGGCUUCAAGUCGCCCCUUCAGCCCAGCUCGAACACCCCCUCUGUCUCAGACAGUGAAGGUGAGAAGCCUGUCAAGAAGAAGCGCAAGAGAUGUGGUGAAUGCACGGGCUGUCAGCGCAAAGACAACUGUGGAGAUUGCGCUCCUUGCAGGAACGACAAGAGCCAUCAGAUCUGCAAGAUGCGUCGCUGUGAGAAGCUGACGGAGAAGAAGCACCUUUAUACGUCGGAGGGUAGCUACGUCAGAGGAGAGGGUAGACGCGGCCGCGGCAAGGGGCGAGGCACGGGGUAUCGCAACAAGGUGUCGCGAGCGUCGCAGCAACAACAGCAACAGCAACAACAGCAACAACAGCAGCAGCCUCAGCCGCAGUCAGCACCCGCCGUGGUCAAUGACAACACCAUGAUGACCAGCGUGCCCGGGACAACAGCUCCUCCAGUGAUGCCUUUCUAUGGAGCCAACACGGGGCCUCUGCCCCCACAAACUGGUGGUAUGGUUGAUCCAGCAGGUGGAUUUGCCCCUCCACUCAGAGAUCGCUUCCCGAACUCGGUGUGGCAUCCAGCGCCUGGUGCAGAUCCAAAUGCUGUUGCAGGCACUUGGACACAGCAAGGCCAGUUCAUACAGCAACUGGAUGAUCUGCGAUAUCACCAUCACCCACAGUACACGAGCUCAGCGCCGUAUCAUCAGCCACCUGUAGCAGCAGCAGGCUACCAGCAGCAGACCGCGUUCAUGACUGCAGAGCCGCACACAACAGCUUCGUUUCAACAGCAGCAUCAGCAACAGCAACAACAACAGCAGCAGCAGCAGCAGUAUCAAGCCGCAGGGGCGCUGCCUGGCAAUCGACCACCAUCGUCUCCAGCCCAGCAACCACUGACGCCUAGAGGUGGAAGCGGGAGUUACUCACAAGUGCAUACACCUCAGCCAUCGCCCAUCGGCUCAGCCAACGGACUUCAGGGUGGCCACGCUGGAACUGUGAGUUUGAAUAGCAAUACUGUCAAUGGGCUGCCGAACAGUCACAACAGUACCUCCUCUGCAUCUGUGAAUGGAGUGAACAGUGGAGCAGUCCACCGGACAAGCAGUAUGAAUGGACAGUACAUGGAUACAUCUCCUAGUGGACAGUAUGCUGACCAGAGAGAUUAUGUGAACGGUGGCAGUGGCUACAGUUCAUCGCAGGAUGUGGCAAUGGCCCCACCCCCAUCAACAACACCAACCAGUCGGAGCAGUUCUGUUCAUAUGGACACAAACAGUGACGGGUCAUCUAUUCCUAGUGUCGUGCUGAGCAGUGGGACAAAGACUUCGGCCUCUGCCUAUAGCAACCCCACACCCACAAACUCCAGCACUGCCAACCCUAAUUCGACCGGUCACCCAAACGCCUUGCCUGGGUACCUACCCCACCCCCAAAUACAACACCAACAACUUCAACAACAGAGUUUACACAACUCUAGUAGGUAUCCAGGCCAAGACAGUAACAUGGGGGAUACAAUGACAGGACCCUGGAGUGUGUCCGCAAGUAGCAGCAAUGGCAGAAUGAUGUGGCCAGACGACAACAAGAGCAAUAUAUACCGCGAAGACAACAGGGCCAAUACACAGAAUGGCUUGCAAAGUGAUGCUUAUGAACGUGUAAACCUCAACAGUCGCUUGAAGACAAUGAUCCUGAACAAACAGAUGAACCAUCAAAUGCAACAACAGUACAACCAGCAGAUGAGCAUGGAUAGACCGGCUCCGUCAGAUGGUAGUGCUGGUCAUCAGAUUAUGAGUCCGGGAGAUCAGCAGCGAUCAACAUCUGUGCCACAGUCGCAAUACAUGUCAUCUUCGUCGUCCAGCAUGAUGCCACAGACAUCAGAUGCUCGCGUCGUAGUGGACAGAAUGCUGUCGGACAACCAGAAUGUAAAUCGCAUGAUGACAUCUGAUGGUCAUCACAGUGGCAUGAUGGGUGGCAGACCUGCGGCCAACGUAGAACGCAAACAGCAGCUAGACAACCAAUCAUCCUCGGAGGUUAAUUUUUUAGCCCAAGGCCACCAUCCUCGGAAUCAUCCGUCAAUAAUGACGUCUGAGGGUGGUGGCUUCCCGUGGGAUUGGAGCAGCUCAGCGAAUAAUGACAUCAUGGACGGUAAUAGCAUCUCGGCCAUGGAGAACUUCAUCAAGUACGCGGCAAGUGAGGAUCGUGGGGGAAUCAUUGACAAAUCACUAGAUCUAGCCGCUUCCAGUGCAUCUGUGAAACAUUUUGUACCAAAUAAUACACUUCCUGCAAACUUCCAGCAGAAAUCAAGCGGCAGACAGAGUUGUACUAAUGUGAAUUGGCAUUCCCCAAUGCUGCCUCAGGAACAGGUGUCUAUGACCUCAAAUAACAAUAGUAGUAAUAACAAUAAUAAUAAUAGUUACAAAGACCAGAUGUUUAAGUGCACAAGUACUGGUGUGAGCACUUUUAAGUGCACAAGGGAGUGUUCUGUAGAAGUGGAUGACAAAUCAUUCCAAAAGAGAAUGGGCAUAGGGCCAGGGAGCAGGAAUGAGUUCCAGAAUAAUGCUUACGGCUCAGUGGUACCCGAUGUGGAUGUGGAGGAUCACAGAGCACAGGGAAUGGUCGCCACAGGGGUCUGCCAAUACCAGCAAGAGUAUGGUUCAUGUACCCCACAAAUGAAGAGUGAGGAACGGAAGGUUACGCCUACAAGUAUGGCAAAUAAUAACUGUUUUGGUCAGCAGGGUUUUGAUGGCAGUAAUACCAACCUGAAGACUGAAAACCAAAAGCCAGUUGCCAACAGCAUGAUUGGCGCAAGUGGUUUUCAUUCUCAGGUGUUUGACGGUAUGACUGCACGGAAUGAAGUCAGGGCUUCUUCAGGAAAUGCUGCAUAUUUGUGUCAGAAUUUUGAGCACACCACCACACCAUCAGAGAAAGUAACAGAGUCUACGAAAGUCAAGAAGGAGCAGCCUUCAUACCUGUUUGCAGGUGAUGGAGGUCCAAUACCCCUAGAGAAGAUUAAGGGUUCCUGGUGUUGUCGCCAAGGUGGUAUUGAGACACCGACGCCUGAACAUUUGCGUGACGGCUGUUGCCAGGGCUUCCAGACGGCUGAUGAACAGGAUACAAAGCAGCCGUGGUCCCCACAGCAGUCUGAUGCGACCACUGCAGAUGCCUGCCAGAGCGCAAACAAAGGCUUCGGAGGGAUGUCAACGAAGGAGUUCCAGGACCAUCUCGAACGACUGAAGAACAAUGUCCGAGCUGAAGUUCCUGACUGCAACUGUUUCCCGCCUGACAAAUGUCCACCAGAGCCUGGUUCAUAUUAUACACACCUGGGGUCAGGAGCAAGUCUCACUGACCUGAGGAAAGACAUAGAGAAGAGGACGGGCUUGAAAGGAAAAGCAGUGCGAAUAGAGAAGGUGAUGUACACUGGCAAGGAGGGGAAGACAACGCAAGGCUGCCCUCUCGCCAAGUGGAUAAUUCGCCGAUCAAGCCUGGAGGAGAAGGUCCUUUGCAUUGUGAAACACCGACAAGGCCACAAGUGUCCCACGGCUUGGAUUGUGGUGGUGAUGGUUGCGUGGGAUGGGGUACCAUCGCAUGAGGCUGACCGAGUGUAUAACCUGCUAACUCACAAACUGAAUCGUUAUGGUCUUCCAACAACACGGAGAUGUGCAACCAACGAACCCAGGACCUGUGCGUGUCAAGGACUGGACCCAGACACGUGCGGUGCCAGCUUCUCUUUUGGCUGCUCUUGGUCCAUGUAUUACAAUGGCUGCAAGUAUGCGCGCUCCAAGACCGUGCGCAAGUUCCGUCUGUCAGUCAGGUCAGAGGAGCAAGAAGUGGAAGAGCGAAUGCAUGUGUUGGCAACACUGCUGUCUCCCUUGUACCAGUCGCUGGCUCCAGAUGCUUUUAAGAACCAGACACAAUUUGAGAGAGAGGCAUCAGAGUGUCGGCUGGGUUUCAAACCUGGUCGCCCCUUCUCCGGUGUCACAGCUUGCAUCGACUUCUGUGCACACUCCCAUCGUGACCUGCACAACAUGAACAACGGCUGCACCGUGGUGGUAAGCCUGACAAAGAACCGGGCCCUGUCGAAACCAGAUGAUGAGCAACUCCAUGUGUUACCACUGUAUGUGAUGGAUGAUACUGAUGAGUUCGGGAGCAAGGAGGGGCAGGAUGCCAAGGUUAAGAGUGGAGCUGUGGAAACCUUGACAAAAUUUCCAUGUGAGGUGCGUGUGCGGGCCGUGCCAUUACAGCCAUGUCGUCGCCAUGGCAAGAAACGUAAGGAAGACGAACCGGAUGCAGUGAUAGGACGGAAGGAUCCUGCGACCUUACAUCGCACCCCAUGCUCCAUAGGAGCAAUGGACCAUAGGGGCACCCCUAUGUCUCUGGACAUGGCCUCGAUGCUUGAGGGCAUGGAGGCUGCGCAGCUUCAGAGUUCACAGGUGUCAUCCACAGUGCUAGACAGCCCUGUAUCUAUGUAUCAGGGCUGGAGCUAUCACCAUCACCAAGGUGCUGAGUCACGUGGUGCAGAUAUGUGCCCUAAUGGUGCAGCACCUGCGUGGGGGCACCCCCGCAGCCAGACACAUGCCUGGAUGGCAGCUGAAGCCCACAGGAAACCGAACUGGUUGAACUCUGCAGCUGCAACAGCCGUGAGUGGAAAUUUGAGUUCUGGGAACGUAAGUGGUUGGGGAGCAACUGAUUAUGGUGGCUUUGGUGGUGGAGCUUCAGGCCUGGCUGCAUCAGCAAAUGACCGGGACGGGAGGGUUGAUCCUGAUAGCACAACUAACCACAGUCUCGUGGCAAGUUCUGCAAACCUGGGAGGAAGUUCAAGUCUGAAUCCCCCUCAGUCGCCUGUCAGUAGAAGCUCAGUGGGGCUUUAUAAUAACUGCAGUGUGAACAGCCCCACUGCCACGGGCCUGGCCCCCAUAAGCCCACACAACCAGGCUUCAACUCCUUCUAGUCCGUUUGUGUUCCAGCAGCCGUCUUCUCCCUGGCAGGCGAACCACAGCCAACCACAGCAGCAAAGUAAUUCUAAUGACUUGUUUUCGGAAAGUGGCAUCUCCCAACCCUCUGUUUCACGGGGGGAAACAGUGAAUUGGCAAGCAGACUCAGGUGUACCAAACUCAUUAAGCUCGGAACAAUCCAAGAUUCCAUCAGCGUCACCUCCAAGUGCAGGUAGCUGUACCAAGCAGAGAAGCCCCAUUUCAAGUGGCAAUGAUGCUGGAGCUGUUUCAGGACAGUUGGAGAGGUCUCCUUAUCCUGUGCACCUCCCCUCAUCACCUUUCUCUUCACCUCAGUCCCAACAGCCAGUGAACAGCCCACAACAAACCUCCAUCAGCAAUAGUGGUCUCCCUCCUAACCCAGCCCAGCAGCAGUCCAUGAGCCUCUCCCUUCCAGCGCAGCAUCCUGCAACUGGUGGUGACAGUGGCCUUCCACAGCCUCGCACGCCACAUGAAAAUAAUCCACAGUCAUCCAAGACUCCUGAACGCUCAGUGUCAGUACCGCUGCCUCUGACUCCUACAGACCAAUCAGCCUCCUCCUCUUGCUCCGGUUCAAGUCGGGGAGGCUGGGUGACACCUGACAGGCCCCAGUCCACUUGGGACUACAAUCCUCUCACACCUGCUCCGGCACCCGCAACAUCCCCAACACAGGCUUCUCCUUUCCGCAUCCCUAAAGGUCGACCCCCCUCUCGAACUUCAAACCUUCAUUCCAGCAGCAGUAGCAGCAACAACAACAGCGGCAGCAGCACCAAUACGUCUCCGAUGUCUUCAAAUGAAGUGGGGCCAACAAAUGCGUCCCUUACAACUGCAGCCCAGGGUUUAAAUUAUCCUUCAAACCAAACAUACUGUAAAGGUUUCUUAAAGCCCUUUCCCCCUGGUGACAGUUCCCUUACAAAAACACCUUUGGACAACCACAUUCAGCAGACUGGCUCCUCAGGUAACAGUAGCAUGAAAGAUUCUUCCAUGUCAUGGCCACAGGAGAGCAGCACAAUCACACCCGCGCAGGGAACAAAGUCUUCAGGUUUAGCAGAGCCACAUUUUGUUUCAACUGUCCCUUGGUUUGGUUCAGACCAAGAUGGAGGCAGGCCAGGGAACAAUGUUAAGCCAAACGGAAAUCAGAGUGCAAAAUCAAACGUGUACUUGAACGGUUCAGAGGCAGAUGAAGGAGCCUGUGGUGUGAUGAUUCGUGACAUUGCGGCACAACAAGGAAAGGGCUCAUGUGGCGCCAUUAAGCAGGAAACACUGUCAUCAACUUGGUCUUCCACAGAUGAAGUGAAGCAGAUCAAUGACUAUCAUGCAGCUGCAGCAGCUGCUCAGCUGUCUUACAAUUCCAGUACAGCAUCUUCACCGGCCAGUGCAGGUAACCCCUUUAUUUCCUCUCUGAACAGCUGUGCGUCAAGCUAUGGCUACUGCGGUUCUACCAACAGUGCUUUCAUGUCUGGAGGCUAUCCCAUGUUUCCAGAGAGCAAGGCAUAUCCAGGCACUGCAUGGAAUGAUGCUGCUAGUUAUAUGGACUCACGAUCAGCGUCUGCUCCACACAUGAACAUGAACUAUCCAUACCAGACUGUGGACUUUAACUCUCAGUUCUAUGCAGGCCAGUCUGCCAAGCAAGAGGCUGCAGCUCGAUCAGCGUGUUAUCAUUCGUCUCCGUACAGUUGUCAGGGCAUGAGUGGUAUGAGCCAGUUUCACCCUCAGUACCCUGGACAGUUUCACCAUCAUCGAUGGGACCCACAUCGCUGGGACUUGUAUGGGCCCCCACCUUUCUUUCCUGUUGUUCCAGAACCGCCCCGGUCAGAGCCUAUUGGUGAAGUUACAGAUUACAUUGACAAUGAAGAGUGCUUCAAGGAUUCCCAAAUGGGAGGUGUGGCGAUUGCUCUGGGCCAUGGUUCGGUGUUAUUUGAAUGUGCCAAGCAUGAGUUGCAUGCGACAACAGCACUGCGUCGUCCCAACAGGCUGCACCCAACUCGAAUAAGCUUGGUCUUCUAUCAGCAUCGGAAUUUGAAUAGAGCUAAACACGGCUGGGACGAGUGGGAAGAGAAGAUGAGGCUACGAAAACUUGGCAUUACCACUUCAAGUGCAAACAACAGUGGCUCAAGUUCAGGUGGUGGCAACACUGGCUCAAAUGGUUCGGGAAAUGGCAGCAGUAACAGUGGCUCAGUCACAGACCUGAUCCACCUCCUGCCCCAUGCUGACCGACCCCCAUCGUACACAUCACAGUUCCUGAUGCGAACCCCAACCUACACGACCACCACCUGGACAACUUUGUUUCCAAUGCAUCCUUGUAUGGUGACUGGCCCAUACCAAGAAGGUGGGGCUGUGGGGUAGGCAAUGACCAGGGUGUUGUCCGAGCCUCCAUGCAGCACGGCUGUCACUCACAGCUCGUGAGGCUGCAUCUUCUGCUGCACUAAGAAUCCUUCUUUUCGUUGGACCGAACUGAAGGUUACUUGCAGCACUUUCGGCCUGGUAAGCACACCACUUCAUGCAGUGGUGUGUUCUGCACAUAUAGCCUGAAAUGUGGACCGCGAGCGGGACAGGCCGCCCCACAGCGGGGUUGGCAGACAUGGAUGGAAUUUCAGGACAGACCGUAAGCCUGUUGAAAAGUAACAGAAGAGAAAUUAGUAGUAAUGGUGACAACACUGCAGUGGAGUCUGCAAAGGAAAGGUAUUCCUUUAAAUGUUGCAGCUAAGGGAGCUCUAAACAUUUCCUCAUAAUAAGGAAAUAGCAUUUGGCAGUGCUUAGGCAAUGCGUUUCUGUGUGUCGUGGUGACAUUGCUGGAAGUAGUUGGUACUGGGCCAACAUAUCCCCUGCACACCAAAUGUGGCUUGAAAUCAGUUUAUUUUAGAAACUGUUAUGGUGUCAAUAGUGAACCAUGCUAAUUGUAAUAUGGUGGUCAAAUAACCUUCCCUCAAAUGAUGCACAAUGUCAGGUUCCCACACUGUGUCCUUGGUGUUGCAAGAGGUUAUAUUUCCAGAAUUACAUAAGAUAAAGCAAUGGAUAUUUGUUGCAAUCAUGUCAUUGAUUGUGUACUUGUCUGCAGUUGGUCUCCCAGGUACAAAGCUGACAGUUUUAUUUUCUGUGUACUGUGUUCACUUCUAGGUCACUGAAGGGUGCUUCAGUGGACAGAUUGUGUGACCCUCAUGUUUGGUCUGUACCUAAGAUUUUGAAAGAUGAAGUCAACUUUACUGACACUGUAAAUAUUCCUUAAUUUAUUGUACUGAUGUUCAGCCCCUUCACGUUUUCCAACACAGAGUUGCCUCUGUGUGGCCACUAGUCCAAGUGUAUGGAUGUGUUUCUGUUGUGCAGUGUCAUCAGGCCGUUCAGUUCAGCUUUCACCUGAAGUUAGAGCCUUGGCUUAAUAUGAAAUUUGAUUUCAUUUGCUUUUGACACUGUCGUGUAGUAUCGAAUGGCUGGAUGAUCACUCAGUCCCGAAUUGCAAAGAAUGUGCAAGGAAGCGGUUGUGUCCGAUCCUUGCAUCAGGAUAGCCAGUGUCCCAGCCAAGGUUGAGGCAGGCACCUGUUGAUUGCAAACAAGAAGAAUCACUGCUUUAACCACAUUGUUCAAUAUUAUUAAAUUAUUAUGUUUUACAUGUUUUGUGUGUAUGUGGUUUCAACUCUUUUUCCACCAUGUGCGUGAAGCUCGUGUGCACCAAGUUUCAAAUUGAACUCCAUCUCUGUCUUCCACAUUCUAAAGAAAUGCCUGCCUGCUCACGCUGUCAUUAUCUGCCACAGGAAUUAGACCUGUUAACACCAGUGGUCUUCUUCCCUCCAUGUUUAUUCCAGAUAGCCGCUGAUUUCUUCAUUGCUGUUACAUUUUAUAUGCAUAUAUUUCAGAGGCUGGAUUCAAAUGUACGUCUUGCACUGUGAAUUGCAAGUUGUCAGAAUGCACCAAGUAUUUUAAAGCUCUUACAUGGCACAAUGUUCACAUAUUCAUAUCUUUGCUAUGAUCAUAUUAAAUAUUUUGCAAGUACAUAUUUUAAAAUAAAUACUUUCAUAGGAUUGUCAUAUGUUAGAAUGAUACAUUUUGACCUCAGUCAGGAUUUAGCUCAGGCUGUAUCCUGGCACGUCACAAGAAGUAAAAUGAAUCAGUCUGUUUAUUUGUUUGCUAUUUAUGUAGCAAUGGUGUCAGUAACUGAGACACUGCAGCAUGAAGUGGGCAAUGAAAUGGAAAGAAUGUGCAAGAAAGUAGGCAUGCCCCAAUUUGAGCUGCUUUCCCAAUACGUGUACUUGUAGGAAGAAAGGAAAGCCACAGAAAUCUGUCAGCAGAUUGUCCCAGUUGAGACUCAAAGGUUUGAUUUUUCAUCAUGGUAUGUGCUCUGGAAGCAAAUAAAUGAACAAAGUUAGUUGAACUUUACAUCCAAGUGAUACACAGAUGAGUUAAUACAAACUUUUAUUUUUAAAAGUUUAUUGGCCAGACUUGUUUUGGUCACGAGUGACCCCUCGUAAGUCUGACUUGAUCUUUUUGUGGUAGUGUACUCGCGGACACAUCAGUAGGGCAUGAAGUGUGACACUUAUCUCUUUAAAGCACAGAGGUAGCUAUAUAUACCACCUGCUUUAACAUGAGAAGACUCCAUGUUCUGCCCACACCAUGUGUUCAUGUGUUCUGUAUGAUUCUCAUAAUGCACAGCAGUUACUUCCUUACACAUCACAUCGGGCUGAAAUUUGUAGCGGAGACAUAUCCUGUUUUCUGUGAGGCAGAAACUGAAGUUUUAAAUAUUACUUUGAUGAAAUUCAGGCAUCAGUGGGUUAGAGAAGGUCCCAAGCAUUUAAACAAGAUUUUUUUGUGUUUCAGACUUACAUGGUUUAGAACUAAAGUGGGCUGUUCCUCUAGGAUGUUGUGUCACAGUCAAUGAUUUUGUUUCUUCUAGUUGCUGAUAAUGAAACCUCUUGAUUAGCAACAUCCAGCAGUUUUAUUGUGUAACUUAAAAUAUAACCUCUUACACGCCUGAUGAAUUUAUGUGGAAAUUCUGAGUUGUGAAAAUAAUGUGAACCUGUGUGGUUGUGUUUAGUUUGGUAGAACACAUCACGAAUUUUACAUCACUGCAUAGUAAAACAUAUAUGCCCCAGCGAUUUUUUUUAAUGCUUGACUUUAUCUGGGAAUUUUACAACACUUUGAGGAGUUGUUAGUUUAGCAUUUUAAUGUAUAACUUUCCUAUGUAACGAAUUUACUCGUGUAAUUAUUUAUUUUCUUAAUCAGUUUUUUCACACAAUUUUAUUACCAAUUUACACACACUAAUGACAUAUCAAACCACUUGAAAUAAUGCAACUAGUCUUGUUUUCAGUUUCUCUUUCUGACAGUGAAUUCACAGCAGAGAGUCAAGCCAGUGAACUGUCUCGUUCCACUUCCAGCCUGGACGUUUAUUAUUAUCCUCCUCUCACUUGCCGAUUGCUGACUUGUUUUAUUUCGGGUCUAGUUCGUCACUGUGAUUCUGUUACAUACAUUGUAACUACUGUGCAAGGGUGUAGUCCCAGAAAUGCAAGUCCUUGAGUGGCCUGGCAUCCACUUGCUAGUUGGAGUGUGAGUCAUGAUGCUAGGCUGUGAAA